AUGGAGGGAAAUCAACAUGAAGAAUAUUCUCGCCAGUGGAAAAAGGCACAAGAAUUAGCGAACCAACAUUUGUUCAAAGCCCAAACGAAGCAGAAAAAGUAUUAUGAUGAAGGGACAAAAAGUGUCAAGUACAAUCCCGGCGAUCUGAUGGAGAAAAAAUUACUACUCUUUUGCAUUCUAACUACAUUGCAAACAACCCACACAAUCUUCUCGUCUGUAUGCGAUUGCAACUAUGUUAAAACACGAGGAAUUCUAGAUAUUAACUCACCAUACUAUUGCAAAACCCCCAGCACUAACCAUCAACCACGAUACCUAACAAAUUAUACGCUAAUGACUAAACAAAAUCCAGUAAAAACUUGGAAAGGAUGGACUUGCAAACAAUGGAUUAAGACAAAGAAAAUAACCGGAUCUUUCUGGAUAGGGUCUUUUGACACAGUUUAUUCACAGGAAACAAAAUUGCUCUCAGCAAUUGAAUGCUGGGAAAUGGUAAAUAAUAAAAAAUGUGGGGGUAAUCUUAUGCAGGCAGGAACAACAACGUUGAGUUUUACAUCAACUCCUACAGGGGAAGGGAAGUGGUAUGCUAUCAAAGAAUACCAUGCAUUAAAUUGCUUAGCGGAAGAGAUAACAUUAAAACAAGAGACACCAGAAAGCUUAGUGGAAAGUCCAUUUGGAUUUUUAAACACCACUCAGCAAGAAGGAGAGUAUACACAAAAUCAUAACACCAUAGUAUGGGGAGAUAGAUCAACAAACUCAUCAAAUUCACAAAUUAUUUUUAAAGGUGAAGGGUAUAUAGAAUUAACAAACUCAAUGAUUAAUGUAAAUACUAGCCGUCUUCUUGAUAAUAACAAGCAGAUAGAAAUAACUUUCUCUAACAAACCAGAUAUAAAUAAUAAAGAAUUUGCCCAACCUGGAUUUAAAGUAGUAGGGAUGCCUUUAACAUUUCUUAUUUUUCCAAACCAAGUAAAUGUAGAUACAUGGUCUUGCAAUGAAUACGCAGAUCCAAUAGCGAGCAAAGUAAAACGGUCGACUAAUAACGAAAUUGAAUUUCUUGACAAUCGUGCUAAGAAAGAAGCUAUGGGAAAAAGACUUUACAGCAUAUCGUAUGCAUGGGGUUCGAUACGAAUGGGACAUCCUAUAAUAACAAACGUAGAAGAAAAUGGAAUAAUGACUAAAAAAGAUACAAUUGCGUAUCUCAUGGUUAAUGGUUCAUCAAUAAACACGCAAGUAUCAGUCCACAACCAAUAUGAUAUUCAAGAUCCUUUGCCAACAGGAACAAAAUUCGAAUACAUCGUAGAUCACAGCAUAAGGCUUAUGAACACUAACAUCUGCAUCGUGGCAAAUGAAAACAAUCAAAUUAUUGCAGAAAAUUGUACCGAAAAAACAUCAAGAUGGAUACUGGAUUUAAUUAACUACCAAUGGAUUUCUCUAGAAACAGGCCUGUGCAUCACCUUACAUGAUGAAGAAGAAGGACGAGUUAGAUUGGCAACACUAAAAACGUGCAGUAGACAGGGAACAAUUAGUGAAAAUCAACAAUGGGUUAUCGAAAUCCUAACAACAAACCCGGAUGUGUUGGACAAUUUCCCAGAUGCAUCCAUUGACGAAUUCGAAGAAAUCCAGUUGGAACAGAAGACAUCCGUAACAACGACCGUCAGUUCGCCAAUUUUCGGAGGAUUAUUGAAACGGAACCAUGGGAGAGGAAACAUCAUAUGGGACAUGAUAGGAUGGGGACUAAUGAAACAUGGUAAGUCACCCGAUGAAAAAUGUUUAACACACAAUGGCGUUAACAAACCAAUAACACUCGAAGCAUGCGAUCCUAACUGGAUCAAAUGUCAAACAAGCCUACAAAAAUUAUUAACAAGUAAUGACCCCUUGGUGCAAUCACAAACAACCGUGGCUAACUGUAGCGAAGCAUCUAGCAUGGGCCAAGCCUUCGAAUAUUCCUCAGACUUCACGAUAAGACCAUUUAACACAAACAACUGCAUUAAAGCGAACACAACGAUGCUCAUCCUGCACGAAUGCUCAGAUAAAAGUUCCAUCUGGGGAACAUUCGAUCACACAGGACAAUUAAUGGCAAGUGAUAGAACAGGACUUCAUUCAGGCGCUUCGGACCGGAAAUGCCUAACAAGACGGAUCGACAAAUUAUCGUUGGGACACUGUCAUGGAACAAGCCAGAAACAACAUUUUAGCUUCGAGUACCGGAAUCCACAUCAACCUAGAACAUUGACGGCAGCAGCAAUAAUAUCUCUACAUACGCAACACGCCUUAUUUGGAAAAAAUCUACCAAUCUUGCCACCAUUAAACCAUCGUGAUCCAAAGGAGAUUAACUAUAAAACAAACGCAACGGAAGGAAUAACUAAAAAUUCGACCAUAACAACAAAGUCAGCAACAUCCAUGACUGCUACAACAGAUAAAUCAGUCAUACCUUCCAUUGCAGCCAAGGUAACAACAAGUGCGAAGACAGAAACAACAACAACAACGAUUAGGCCGACUACAACCACAACAAAACCGACAACAACUUUCAGAACAACAACAACAAAAUCAACUACUACCACAAAAAAACCGACAACAACCACAAAAAAUCCGACCACAACCACACAAAAACCGACCACAACCACACAAAAACCAACCACUACCACACAAAAACCAACCACUACCACACAAAAACCGACCACCAUCAUUCAAAAGCCAAAUACUACCACACUAAAAACAACCACUACCACACAAAUACCAGCCUCUACACCCAAAUCAACUACAACAUCAAAAUCUACGACAAUAUCAACAGAAGCAGAGAAAUUACCAACAAUAACAUCAACAACCGCAUCAACAACAUUAACUAGUACAUCACUCAAAACGACUAUCACGACCCAGUCAUCUACAACUACAGAAAAAGAUUCAAGACAACAAAAUAAAAAUACAGCACACGAAAUUGUAGUAGAUGACUAUCGACCGCUAAAUGACGCUAAUACAAGUAACGGUCUACCAAAAUCCACUGAGGAGCUAAGUGACUUGAUAAAAUACGAGCUUGGAAAGAUGCACGAGCAAUACAAAAUCAGUAUUGAAACUGAACACGACAAUAAAUUGGCAAAAGAAAUUCGGGAUGUUUACUGCCAGUUAUCAAAGAUAAAACGAACGCAAGCCAUAAUCUUAGCCCAAACAAAUGGAUUGCUUGCAGCCGCCGCACUCGGACUUCCAAUGUGUACAAGGAUAUAUGGUUUUGGUCAAGCCAUGACAUUGCAACAAUGCGACCCAAAAAGGAUAUCACUAUCAGCAAAAGAGACCAAGUGUGGGUUCCAGCCAUUUUUUGUUUACGGAAAAAACAACUGUACAAUCGGACUCGACGGAUGGUCUAUUCAUCCGUAUUCGGAGUGCUUUUGGAAAUCCCAAUUGAUAAACAUCAACGGAUAUCCUCAUACGUGGCAACAUAACGCCACAGCAGGAGACUGGAUUAAACAAGAGGCGACCAUACAUACUUCAAAUCUGGAUUUAAUUGCGGAAUUCGAAGAACUGCACUUAAACAGUUUCGACUAUGGAUUAAGGAACCAUCCAGCUCAUGGAACCAUGGAAAUGGAACAGCUAAACAUCUUAAAUGACCUGGUGGGACGAAUUAAUGAAGGAGAAGGCAAAGAGUUACCUGACAUCCUAGUAACGGAAGAGCAGGACAAUCAAAUCGGGAACAUGUUUUCCUGGUUUGACACAUUAAAAAUUAUGGCUCUCUCAGCGAUAGGAUUCAUCCUAUUUCUCAUCUGUCAAGAAAUGGAUUCAAUGAUACCAGAACCCAUCUACAGCGCUGGAGGAGCAAAUGAAAAACCGUUCAUUAGGGAAUUUGCACCUUUAAUGACGUUAGCAACAGAAACACCAAAAGAAACCCUUACGUCGAUAAACACACCAAGUGCACCAAAGAAAGGAAAAUUGUACCCUAUCGAAGAAUUAAAAUGGGAAAACGAGCAAAACAAGGAAUGUACAGGUAGCCACACGACCUGCAGCUAUGUCGUUGGAUACGGAAUGGUGUGGGAGGAUCUAUGCAGAUGUACUCCAGAAGACCAUUUAAAACGCACAAUUAACAAAUAA